CGUGUAUGGCAAUGCUGUUGUUGGUUUAUCUCUAUUACGUGAAGUCCACAACAUUUAAUUAUUGUCGAUUUUUUAAUUAAAAUGCUGCUGAAAGAAAUGCCUCAAAUGCUGCAACAGGUGCGCACCCUGUCGUCCGCCACGGCUGUGGUGACUCGUCUUCAUCGGUCGGUUUAUUGCCGUCUGUAUCCCACAGUUGUCGUUCAGCCGGAUGGCUCAACCAUAAACAUACGUUACCAGGAACCACGAAAGAUUAUUAAAUUACCCCUGGACUUGAACACUUUGUCAGAAUCGGCGCGCAAAGCUCGCCUAGAAGCACGGAAACCUCGCAAGAAGGUUAAGAUUAUGGAAGAAGUGGAGGAUAACUUUAAUGCCAAGAAGUAUAUGAAGUUUAUUAAAAAGAAAUAGAACUUGUCUUAUGCACAAAAUGAAUUAAACUGUUAAUUUGGUAAAGUA